CUCAGACCGGGCUGUGCGAGUCGAUGCUGGUGUAACUGGGCGUCCUUGACGGGCCGAGCCAUUGAAUUUCCCCCCUCCACACUUCCAAAUGCCUGCCAUCCACCCCAGAGUUCCCGGCGGUCGCGGAUAGCCGAAGCGAAUGCAUCGGAGACACCAAGCUCUUUAAGGGACACUCUCUGGAAUUCCUUAUGGAUAUGCUUUAGUCCUCACCCAAUCUUCUCCAUAAUUUCCUGUGUCCCAUGGCUGAAGAUUAACCCUAGUUCCCCUUAGAUCUCAUCAAUACCGUAAGCAGCAUGGAUGACAUACCCAGUGCCAACGCCAUGCCUAAGCAGGUGGAGGUGAGGAUGCACGAGAGCCAACUGGAGCCCAUCGAUGCACCCCCAGCCCCUGUAUGUGGGGGACUCUGCCAGAAGCUAUGCAAGAACCUGCUGCUCACGUUGACGAUUUUGGGUGUGAUCCUGGGCUCUGUGGUGGGGAUGCUUCUACGUUAUGCCUCCCCUAUCCAUCCCGAUGUCAUCAUGGUCAUCGCCUUCCCCGGGGACAUCCUGAUGAGGAUGUUGAAGAUGCUCAUCCUGCCUCUCAUUAUCUCCAGUUUAAUAACGGGGUUGGCCGGUUUGGACGCCAAGUCCAGCGGACGCCUGGGUACUAGAGCCAUGGUAUAUUAUAUGUCCACCACCAUCAUUGCUGCUGUGCUGGGCGUGAUCCUGGUGUUGAUCAUCCACCCUGGCAACCCGAAGCUGAGGGCCCGUCUGGGUGAGGGAGAUAAGAACGAUGAGGUCUCCAGCCUGGAUGCCUUCUUUGACCUCAUCAGGAACCUCUUCCCGGAGAAUCUUGUUCAGGCUUGUUUCCAGCAGAUCCAAACUGUCACCAAGAAGGUGGAGCAUGUUCCUGACUACACAGAGGAAGUGAACUCCACCAUGGAUGAGUUUCUGCUUAAUGGCACCAGGCCACCACCGGAGCCUGUCUUUGUCACCAAAAAAUCCCUCCAGUUCAAGAGUGGAAUGAAUGUAUUAGGGCUCAUCGGCUUCUUCAUCGCCUUCGGCAUCUGCAUGGGGAAGAUGGGGGAGAAGGCCAAGCUCAUGCUGGACUUCUUCAACAUCCUCAACGAGAUCGUCAUGCGGCUGGUCAUAAUGAUCAUGUGGUAUUCUCCUCUGGGUAUCGCCUGUCUGAUCUGUGGGAAGAUCAUCUCCAUCAAGGACCUGGAGGUGGUGGCCCAGCAGCUGGGGAUGUACAUGGUGACGGUGGUGGUGGGUCUCAUUAUCCACGGUGCCAUCUUCCUGCCGCUCAUCUACUUCGCUAUCGUCAGGAAAAACCCCUACUCCUUCUUCAUGGGCAUUUUCCAGGCGUGGAUUACAGCCCUGGGGACAGCCUCCAGCGCUGGCACGCUGCCCGUCACAUUCCGCUGCCUGGAGGAGAACCUAGGGAUCGACAAGCGCGUCACUCGCUUCGUGCUCCCCGUCGGCGCCACAAUCAACAUGGACGGCACGGCGCUCUACGAGGCUGUGGCGGCCAUCUUCAUCGCACAGAUGAACGGGAUUCACCUUGACGCGGGACAGAUCGUCACCGUGAGUCUAACAGCUACUUUGGCCAGUGUGGGGGCAGCCAGUAUUCCCAGUGCCGGCCUAGUGACCAUGCUGCUUAUCCUUACCGCGGUGGGACUGCCCACUCAGGACAUCAGCCUGCUGGUGGCUGUGGACUGGCUAUUGGACCGCUUCCGGACCUCGGUCAAUGUGGUGGGCGAUUCCUUCGGCGCCGGCAUCGUUUACCACCUAUCCAAGCAGGAGCUGGACAGCCUGGACGCUCUGCAGGGCAAGUCGGAGGACAUGGAGAUGACCAAGACGCAGUCCUACUACGAAGACCUGAAGAACCACCACGAGAACAACACCAACCAGUGUGUGUAUGCGGCUGACGUCUCCGCCCCGGAGGACGAGUGCAAGGUGACUCUGGCUACCAACGGCUCCACGGCAGAGUACACGCUUGUCGAGGAGGAGCCAUGGAAACUCGAAUAAGGAUGAACACACAUCCCCGGCUCUGCCUUACGCCACGUUCCACAAGCUUUCCUGUUGACAAAAAAAAAAAGUAAUACUCAUGUAAACAGAACCGUUUUUGUUGAAGCUCAAAUACUUUAAAACCUCUUUCGACCAACCAGUUCUGAUGGACAGAAGUGACAAAACACUCAGAUGAGAAACAAGCGAGCUAUCUUUCCAUCUUCACGAGUCCCACGUCCCCAGGGAUCAGCUGCACAAGGCACACCCCAGGGGGGUGGGAAGGGACGACUGAAUUUUACCACAGAGCAUGCAGGCUCACACCUUGGGUGAGAGAUCCAUCUGAUGA